UCAAACUGUUAAAUGUUUGUUAUCUUCCUUAUUGUGAGGAAUAUGUUCAUAUAAGGUCAUAGAAUCGAUCUGAGGGCGACUCCUGGUCGAGAUAUAACCAUCUUCUCUCCUUCUGACAUCGUUCACUGACUCGUCCGUCUGAAGAGAACUCAACAGCAACGUCUGACGACUUCUCCAACAAAGGAGAUGGCCGCCCGGAGCCGGAUCACGGUUCUGCUGCUGCUCUUCCUCCUGUCGACUGAACACAGUUUUGCUGUGACCGAGGAUGAACUCACACCGCUGGUAGACGAACUCUUGAGCAAGUACCGUUUUAAUGGUAUGUUCAGUCUGGCCGUGAGUAUCCCGCUGAACCAGAACCAGAACCAGAACCAGAACCAGAACAAGAACCAGGGCGCUAACCGAGACCUCGAGGAGGUCCUUGGUAAUAACACUGCUGCCAACGUGGAGAACAAGAUCAACAAGGGUGAAGUGUACGUUGGCAGCAGGAUGGUUGCAGCCAAGUCUCUGAAGCGGGGAAAUGUUGUUGAUCAUGCAGAGUCACGCGUUGUGGACGAAUUGUCUCAGUUGUACGACAGUCCUCAAUUCAAUCCGGAUGAUUUGUUGCUUUUCUAUGUUUAUGCCUCCCCAUGUGAUCACAAAUGUACAAAUUCUAAUCACCAGGGAAACAUCCUUAGCAAGAUAAGCAACAUACGGCGUUGGAAUAAUUGGGCAGUUGUGUUUUCUAAAAUGUUCAAGCCCAGUGAUGGUUCGGCGAACACAGACAAAAAGAUCUCUGAAGCCCUCAUUAAAGCCCGCAGGGAAUCCCUUAAUCAACUUGCAAUGUCCAAGGGUGAGCCAGGUUCAAUUGGUCUAGAAAACAUCUUCUGCUGCGACUAUGAAAAUCAUCAGAUGAAGUGCGUCAGCUGCUCAAGUGACGGUCAGGUGGCAGAGAAAUGUGUGUCAUACGAUCCUCCCUCUGCUAGGGCAAUGAUUUAUUACACCAGGCGUCAGAGACAAUGUGUCGACAGGUGUCAGUACUUUGAGUCAGGGAGUUACUUCUGGUGCCAUGAUGAAGAUGGCUGGGAGUACUGCUCACCUCUGCCAGACCACACCUACAAGAAUGAGGCUUGUCGCUCCGAUCACAAGUGUGGAAGCUAUGGUGAGAGUUACACCUGGUGCUACACAACAUCCAACAACGACUGGGAUUACUGUGGAGUGAUCAGUCCUGGAGAGUGUGUGUUUUCCCAGACGUCCCGCGCCAAACGACAAGUUAAUAUUCCAACAUGGUUCUGUAGAAGAGUAGAUGCCAACAGGAGAGUGACCAUUUUCGGACAUGAAGGAGAUUCUAGAAAGUUCGCUCAAACCAACAGAGAUUUACGCAGAGAAGCCGACGAGUUAAUCAACCGAUGGAACAACCAGGGCUUGAAUAACCAGCCCGGGCAGAGGACGUUGAUAGAGUCGGCAAAUCUUCGCAUUGACAAACAGGGAAUGGUCAACAGGAACAAUCAGCCGUAUUACAACCUGCAAAUCCAGAUCAACGGACCACGCCGUCCUGGACACAGCACCACUGUGUCAGUGAUCAUAGUUCCUGUUGACACGCCAGCUGAAUACAUGCGUUUUGCCUUCAGGGAGAGUUUACGGCGUCGGCUCCGUGUGGUGUUGGAACCAUCCAACGCCGCAAACACCCUGCCGCUUUGUAAUUUCUAA